AUGUCAUCACCUCCUCCUUCCUCGACCGUGUCCGUUGCCCCAUCAGUCCUCAAGCGAAGGGCUGCCACUUCGUCCCUCCGCAGUGGCACAAGAAUCAUCUACGGGACGCUGUACGACGGCAAGGCAUGUGCCCUCAAGAUGGGUGUGACUGCAGAGGCCUUUCGCACCGAGCUUCGAGCAUACAAAGCGAUCAGCGCCGUCCCCCUACUACAAGACUACGUGUGCGGCUUCUACGGCGUCGUGAGCGACAUCAGAGAUCUGUUGCAGGCCAACUGCGGCGGUUUCCGCCGGGCUCUUCGUCUCGAAUUCCUCAAAGGACCUCGCCUUGGCGACGUCAUCGGGAAGCUAUCACACGACGAGCGCUACGCGAUCCGGACUCAUCUGGAGCGCGCUCUAAGCAUCCUACACGAGGAUGCCGGCGUCUGCCACGGGGCCGGCUGUCUUGACGGCUUCGGCGACAACGCUAUCGUCACCUCGCGCGGCGUGGCGCGUCUCGUCGACUUCAGGCACGCGCACUUCAAGGAAGACAUGUACGAUGACCAGUGGCAGGUCUACGUCAGGAGGGAUCGUGAGAGCCUUGCUGAGCUGUUCGAGCCGUUCGCCGAGGCCGACGCCAUCGAGGCCGACCGGGAAGCCCGGUUGUUUCUGAGCUCGAUGGACGUCUCCGACGCGCGCGACAAGGACAGCCUGGCAGAACUGCUGCGGCGCGUCCCAUCGCCAGGCCGCGACUUCCUGGACGCAAUCGUCGCCGCCACCAGCCCGGCCACCCCGGACCUCGCCAUGGCGCUGGAGACUGCUUUGCUGGGCCACGGCGAGCUGGUCGGCACCAUCGACGUCCUGCUGGGCUGUGCCAAAGAGUGCGGUGUGUGGCCACCGCCGCCGCCGCCGCCGCCGCCGGCCCCGCGGCCCGAGUCGUUGGAAAGCGACGGCGGCAUCAGCGUGCUGCUCUCCUUAAUCCAGUUGACGCACGCGCUCGAGAUGAAGUCGUACGAUGCCCCGGCCCAGCUCGAGCAGAAGCUCGAGAGCGGAUCGUGCAGCACCGGCCGACCUCCUGCGUCGGAGCUGUACAGCGCUCUCGUCCAAGCUUCUCCCAACGCCGCGACGGCUGUUUCGGACUGCGUCCAAGUCCUCCGCUAUCAAAUAUCGAGGAUUACCUACCUGUGUGAUAUUGGUUCUUACCGUGAAGCGAUGGAUUUGGUCAACUCGGUGCUACGCGAUACGGCGCGGGUUAGACGCGUUGAGAGGGAGUGCAACGAACUGAGGGGGCAACUUCUUGAGGCUAUGGGCAGGGGAAAAGAUGCUGAGGAGGAUUAG